UUACUGGGUGUUAGUCAUUUCAGAUGUUUUUUUUUUUUGGUUGAUUUUAUUCUGUUAGGUUUGGAUUUUGAUCUUUAUAAGAAAAAGCAAAAGGAAACGGAAGUCCAAAGAAUAAGGAAGCGGUGUGUGUGUGUGUGUGUGUGUGUGUGUGUGUGUGUGUGUGUGUGUGUGUGUGUGUGUGUGUGUGUGUGUGUGUGUGUGUGUGUGCGUGCAUGCGCGCGUGCAUGCGGGCGUCGCGAGAACGAGAUAACAAGAAAACGUGAUCUUGAACUUCGCAGGCGACCCAUGAUAUUUAAUUUGUAAGUAGGCUAAGGUUUAGUUAGGUUAGAAGAUAAGUAUAGCGUUAAGGGUCAUUUUUUGUAAUAAAAUUGUAAUUCUAAGAGAAAUCAAUAAAGAUUAUACAUACAGUAUUGUCACCAUAAACUUAAACAAAUAUCAAUAAAUUUGCAAUAAUACAAUGUUGCUGUAUUCAUCUAGCAUUGUUCCAUACAAGAAAUUUUAUGUUUUAUAGAAAUGAAUAUAUCACAUUAUAUUUUAGUUAAAUAUUUUUAUUUAUAAUUAUUUCGUACGUUUGGUUAUCGCCAAUGCAAUCUGAAAGAAAAUUGGCAUCUUUUAUAUUUAAAUAUUGUAAAAAAUUAUUUUAUAGCAUUUUAUUAUUAAAACAUAUGUGAUUGUAUGAAUUAUAUUGUUACGCGCGAGCCCGCGGAAAUGAAAGAAACACUUAAGAACUUUUAAAUCGGGCAGCUUUAUUCCGAGCAAUUACAGAACGCGUCCGACAAGGCUCGAGACCGAGAUUAGACUCCUUGUUGAUAAGCGUUGCCAAGAGCGUGACAACUGACAACGCUCUCGGGAAAAUCAAUAUAUCGAUCGGCUGCAGGACAGCUGAGUCGCAGUCGCGGAGUAUACCGGGCGACGCUCGUAACAAUAUUAUAAAUAUUUGAUAUGUAUAAAUAUUAUAUACUUAAUGAUGAAUAUAUUCAUGAAUGUAUUAUAUAUAUUAUAAAUAUUUUAACAUAAAAGAUUUUUAUGAUAAUCGAUUUCUGUUUGGAUCAUAUUGGCUUUAAUCAAAUAUACAAAAUAUUUAAGUGUAGUAUAUAUAAAAUUAAUGUAAUAUAUUUAUUUCACUGUAAAACAAAAAUAAUUUUAUAUGCAACAGUAUUAUUGUUGCUGUUAAAUUUAUUAUUGCUGUCAAAUUGUAGCAACAAUUGUAGCAACAAUAAAAUAUUCAUUUUUUUAGAAGAUUGCAAUGAAAUAUCAUAGCAAUAAAUGUAUCAAAGCUCCCAGUCCUGAAUUGCAAUGUUUGCAAAAUGUCAGCACAACGCUAUUUCGAUACACGGCAUUCAUCCGGAAGCCUUUCAUGAUAAGAAAAUCAAUGCCUGUGAAAGUCUCAAAAGUAGUACAUAUUCUUAUACUUAUAUGUAAUUUUGUAAAAUAUAUUAUGUUUGACAGAAUUCAUUGAGUAUUUUUUUUAAUUCAAGAAUGGAAUCUCAAAAACUAUCCAAUCACUUGACGCUUCAAUAAAGAUUCUGCUACUGACAAAUACACAGUGUAAUAGUAACUGACACAGAAUAGCAGCAGUACAGUGACUACCAGUAAAUUGAGGAUUAUCUUCGUUUGAUCUUAUUGGAAGCCAUUUAAGCCUGGAUUUAGAUGGAUUAAAGUUCUGUGAAUGUGAAUCAUUGCAAUAUAUAAAGAUCCAGUAAUGUAAAAAAGUGAAGUAAAGCUAGAAACUGAUAGUUCAAAAUGUUCAACGGAAGCAUUCGUUGGGAAGCGAGAGUUUUAUCAGCGGGAUUACCACGAUUGCUGGGAUGGAAUGUUCCUGCUGAAGAAUUGAUCUAUAUACCGGAGCAUUGGCUAAUCUAUCCUGAACCGAAUCCCUCCCUUCACUAUUUAUUAGCCAUUCUAUACAUACUUUUCACCUUUGUAGCAUUACUCGGAAAUGGGCUGGUUAUUUGGAUAUUUUGUUCAGCUAAAUCGUUGAGAACACCAUCGAAUUUAUUUGUGGUGAAUCUGGCAUUUUGCGACUUUUUCAUGAUGCUCAAGGCGCCUAUAUUUAUAUAUAAUUCCUUUAAUACCGGAUUUGCAACUGGUCAUUUAGGAUGUCAAAUUUUUGCUUUUAUUGGAUCACUUAGUGGAAUUGGGGCUGGUAUGACAAAUGCUGCUAUUGCAUAUGACAGAUACAGUACUAUAGCUCGACCACUCGAAGGAAAGCUAUCUCGCGGUCAAGUGAUGCUCUUUAUCGUGCUUAUUUGGACAUACACGAUUCCUUGGGCUUUAAUGCCCCUCAUGCACGUCUGGGGACGAUUUGUACCUGAAGGCUUUUUAACGAGCUGCACUUUUGACUAUUUGACGGACACACCAGAAAUACGAUACUUCGUAGCCACGAUAUUCACCUGUUCCUAUUGCAUACCAAUGGUGCUCAUCAUAUAUUAUUAUAGCCAAAUUGUCAGUCAUGUUGUCAAUCAUGAGAAAGCUCUUCGUGAACAAGCAAAGAAGAUGAAUGUCGAAAGUUUGAGAAGCAAUGCCAAUACAAAUGCUCAAACUGCGGAAAUACGUAUAGCCAAGGCGGCUAUAACAAUUUGCUUCCUCUUUGUUCUCUCAUGGACUCCAUAUGGUGUUCUCGCAAUGAUUGGUGCUUUUGGAAAUAAAACAUUAUUAACUCCUGGUAUUACGAUGAUACCGGCAUGCACGUGCAAAUUUGUGGCUUGCUUAGAUCCAUAUGUAUAUGCCAUAAGUCAUCCAAGAUACAGGUUAGAACUGCAAAAACGAUUACCGUGGUUAGAAUUGCAAGAGAAGCCUCCCUCCGACACGCAGAGCUCUACAACUGAAGCAGUGAAUGUGUCAUCAUCUUAAAUCUUAUUCAAUUUUAUCCUUAAUAAUAAUCAGUUAAUUGCCAAUAUGAUUAUAUAAAGUCAGUUGCUUUCUUGUCACAAAAAUUAUAUUUUUCAUUACUGCAGUAUGUUAAUUGUGCAUAUUCUAUUUUCCAUAUUAACGUGUAAAUAAGCAAGCAAAUAUUAUAAUUAUAAAAUUAUAAAUAUGUAAUGUAAUGUAAGUUGGUAAACACAAUAUUCGUUCUACCUUGUAUUUUUUAAAUAGAUUUGCCAAUAAUUACUGUGAAAUAUAUUUUUGUUCUCCAUAUAAAGAGAAAAAGCUUUUAGAUUAUGUAUAGUAAAAUAAGCUAAUAAAUCAAAUUCUUAUUUAUA